AUGGAGGUCACAUCUACCAUCCGCAACUCACCUUACGCGUACCUGCAGCUCUUUGUGACAAGGACCGAUCUACGCAAUCCUGACUAUGAUGAUAUUACACUGCGAGCCUACCUGAACUCGGCGCUGAGCCAAUAUUUGGGUCUUGUUGGAACAGCCAUCUCGAUCGAUAUACUCAAGAUUCAGGACAGCGAUGCUUGGGUCAGAGUUCCCAGUGACGAUGAAAGCGCAGUGAUUGCUGCUCUGAGUCAAUGGACUGGUGCUCAGGGCGUAUCAGUGCGCAUUCGAAAUAGAAGUCACUGGCUUGGACACUUGACCAACAAUGUUGCGGACGAGAAGCUGUGGUCGCUUGAAAGCUGA